GGACUGACAUUUUAUUGCGAUCAUUGAAUAUAUAUGUACAGUAAAUUAUAAUUAUAUGUAUGUAUAAUUUUUAGAUCAUUUGUAUGUGUAUAUAAUUUGACAAAUAACUAUUAGUUUAUUCUGUGGGCCGGGCCCACCAAGAGGAGGAGAUGUUUAUAUACACAGACUCAUCUCGUUCAAAACAAACAGAGCGCUCUCUCUGGCGCCAUUAGCAGAGGAUCUUCUACAGCUCCUUCUCCGCUCUUCUGCUUCCCAUGGACAUGGUUAAUCUUUCUGUGAGAAAGCUAGCCAACAGAAUUGGAAUUUCUGAGGGCUAUGCUACUGUCCUCCUCCUCUUAAAUGACUGGGAUGAAGCCGCUAUUGUUGAAGAGUGGAACCAAGCUGACAAUGAUCUUGCGACCAGAUCAGGGAUUGUAGUUUCUGCACAGUAUUUGACAAGUGAAGGGUUUUGUGAAUCUUGCGAGACUCACACCAGCUGCAAAACCUACGGGUGCUCUCAUUUACUCUGUAGAAUCUGUGUCAAAGAUUACGUGGAACAAAACAUCAGGUCCGGCACGCUGAAUGUUAAAUGCCUUAUCUCUUGAUGCAACAAAAACAUGUCAUGUUCUCGAUUCCUUGAUGACGUUUCUCUGGACUGCAAAAAUUACUUCAACGCUGCUCUGGCUGAGAAUUACAGUCUCUCUAAAUCCAAAAAUGCAGUUCAGAACCCGAUUGCUUCUCUAAAAGGGCUUGUUGCGUAUCUCCGAACUAACAAGUGGAACUUUGUUUCAAGUGCUGCUACAUUUCUCCAAAGUAACAUGUGGACACUACUUUCAAGCUUGGUAUUUGCGAUAUUAGUUUGUCAACAGUUCUGCGGUGGAAUCACGUUUACGUGUGUGGGAGUGUACUCUGCCAUGUGUCCAGUGGCUAGAUAUGUUUGCUGGGGACAUAUGAUGAAGCUGAUCUUCGCAUUCUUCUUCUACAAACUUGUGACGACAAACUCUGUCUUUACGGCUGCUGCAUUUUCUUCCGCCGCCACACUUGUGCUCAUCUUUGCGGCUAUAGUUGGAUUGGUACGUCGUUGUUUCCAGAUUGUUAUGAGGAUUUUCAGAUAUAUCUCUUCGGCGUAUGUCUCUUCUAUUUUCCGUGUCGCCGGGAACUCUGAUUUCGUGUGGGAGAAGUUUAUACCCUCUGUUUACGGCCGCCUUAUCUCUAGCUCGACUCAUCUGAGUUUCUCCUCCAAAAAGGAGCUCUAUCGUUGUCUCUGUGAAUCAAUUCUCAUCGAUAAUGGCAGAAAGAUAUUCAAGAUAGAGAAGCUUACUAGGAAGAUAACGUAUGUUCUGUCGGCAAGAGAUCGUUCCAUAACUUGGGGCGAUCAACGACAUUACUGGUCUUGGAGCCAUCGAUCAGAUUCAAAGUCAACUUUAAAAAAUUUUAAACUAUAUUAUAAGGAUCCGACUUAUAAUGGACAGGUUAGAAAUCACCGGAAAAAUCCAAACCGGAGUUUUAUCGCCGAACACGAGUUACGGAGCUUAUCUGAUUAUGAAAGUGAAGAGCAUAUGGACUAGACUUAGUACCGGCUGAUACUUAGAUAAAAGUGGGAAAUGGUGAGAAGAAAACGAAAACGAGUUUUCUCAGUUGCUUAGAUAACAAGAAACAACAAAUGGAGAGGAUGGCCAAGAAAGACGAGAUCAUCGGAACUCAUCGGAAGGAGCUGAAGAUGCGAGAAGACGGGUGGAUGGAGAUAGAGCUCGGAAAGUUCGAGACAGGACAAGGUGAAGAGGAGGAGGAGGUUGUGAUGAGUCUAACCGAAGUGAAAGGCUAUCAGUUGAAGGGUGGAAUUAUUAUUGAUGGGGUUGAAGUCAGGCCUAAACCUCAAAAGUGAGGGACACUAGCUUCUAAACUAAAGAUGAGUGCCAAAUAUUGGGUUAAUUAAGCUAAUAAUUGUGUUUAGUUUUGGGUGGAAAAUUGUAAGAUGAGAAAAUUAAUGUGUUUGUUAGUCGUUAUCACUGAAUAAUCUUUCAUUA